AUGAUAAAACUGUUGUUUUUAUUCCAAUUUUUUUUAUUCACAGAUGGUGUUGUUCAGUUGAAGAAGAGAAUUCUCCAAGAUAAUAUAGAAGUGAUUAGAAUUCAGAACUACACGGACGAAAUUCUCCCUAGUAGGUCGAGAGAAAAACAAUUAUCUCUCAACAUCCUCUUGGUAGCUGAUUUUUCCCUUUAUAACUCUUUCCUAGAUAUCUCACGUGGAGACAAGCACUCUGCCUCCAUCCGAACAGAGGAGUACUUGACAGCAAUUUUCGAACAAGUCAAAAUAAUUUACAACAAUAAUGUGAUUGCUGGACAGAAGCUUCAAUUGAAGUUAAUUCAAACUUUGGUUACUUUCAGAAGCGAUGACUGUCCCAUGAAUGAAGUCCCCAGCGUUCUCAACAAAACAGAUUAUUUCCCUUCCAACUUGACAUUACAAGAAGAGUUAUAUUCGAUGGAUGUUUCUCGAAGUAUUUCGGCAGAGUUGGCUUUGGAUAAAAUAAGCUUUUGGUUACAACGUCAUAAAUCUAUUCUUCGUCCUAAUGAUCACGCUUUCUUCAUUACAAAAUUGGAUUUGUACACAGAACAUGCUGGCUCAGCAACUCAGGGCAUGGCUUACGUGGGGCAUAUUUGCAAAAUUGAUGAAUCAUUAAGUUUGGUUGAAGAUGUUGGUGGAACAGCUACAGCUUUAAUAGCGGCACACGAGUUGGCACACAGUUUAGGAGCUUUUCACGAUGAUUCACACAAUGAUACAAUCAAUUGUGCUGCCAGUCAUAACUAUAUGAUGUCAUCUAGAGUAUCUGGAACUGAUAAUGACAUUCUGUUUGCGAAUAGUCGGAAACUCAGUCGAUGCAGUGUUGAAUCAAUUGAAAAUGUUAUAAGAACUCCUCAAGCAAAAUGUGUGUGGAAGAGCGGAGAUGAACUCAACAGCACGAAUCCGAAACUCGAUGAGUUCGAUGUAAUGCCUGGAGAAAAAAUUCCUUUGUACCUCCAAUGUCAAAUAGCUUUCGGGCCCCACUUCGGAUUGUGUCCAAACAAAGAGUACUUCCGAGGCAUAUCAGUUUGUCAACGUCUGUGGUGCAAGAAUCGAAAUGAAAAACGAUCCGCUCCUUGUGUGACAUUAGCAUAUCUACCAGCUUUAGAUGGAACAGAAUGUGCACGAAAUAGGUGGUGCAUAAACGGCGGAUGUGUCUUUAAUCAGAAGAAGCUGCUGGACUGCCGCGAUUUGAAUGCGAAAACUUGUUCGAGAUAUUCUAAAGUGAAGCUUCGUCACUAUUGUAAAUCUAAAGACUUCACGGAAAUUUGUUGCUCCUCAUGUGCCAAACUCAAAGAACUUUCGCUUAAAUUAUAA